CCGCUCCUGCUCCUGCCGCCGCGGACCCGUCGUGGGCACAUCCGCUGGGCUUCCUAGCGACCGAGAGGGAAGGAGGCACCUGCCGCCGCCGCGAGGAUCCCCCACCAUGGAAGGCGCUCCAGCGGAGCCGAGCCGCGGGUUCUUGCCGCCCUUCCGGCACUUCGCCACCCAGGCCAUCCACGUGGGGCAGGAGCCCGAACAAUGGAACUCCCUGGCCGUGGUGCCCCCCAUCUCGCUCGCGACCACCUUCAAGCAGCACGCGCCGGGGAAGCACAGCGGCUUCGAAUAUAGUCGUUGUGGAAAUCCUACUCGUGAUUGCUUGGAAAAAGCUGUGGCAGUAUUGGAUGGUGCUAAGUACUGUUUAGCAUAUGCUUCUGGGACAGCAGCGACUCUGAACAUUGCACAUCUGCUGAAAGCAGGAGAUACUGUUAUUUGUACAGUCGAUGUUUAUGGAGGUACAGAUACUUUUUUCCGAAAAAUAGCAUCAGACAUGGGUCUGAACACUGUUUUUGUCGACUGUACCAAGCUGGAAUGCCUUGAGGCAGCUAUCACACCAGAGACCAAGCUUGUAUGGAUUGAAGUCGCCACAAAUCCAACUCUCAAAUUUGUUGAUAUUCAAGCAUGUGCCAAGAUUGUCCAUAAACAUGAAGGAGUUAUUUUAGCAGUGGAUAACACUUUUAUGUCUGCAUAUUUCCAGAGACCUUUGGCUUUAGGAGCAGACAUCUGUAUGUGCUCAGCAACUAAAUAUAUGAAUGGUCACACAGAUGUUGUAAUGGGACUGGUUUCAGUAAAUGAUGAUGCUCUCCAUGAGAAACUCAGAUUCUUGCAGUGUGCCAUUGGAGCAGUUCCAUCACCAUUCGAGUGUUAUCUUUGCAAUCGUGGUCUAAAGACAUUGGCAAUCCGCAUGAAACAACAUUUCCAGAAUGCCCUAGCUGUUGCCCAGUUCCUCGAAUCAAAUCCUAGAGUGGAAAAAGUUAUCUUCCCUGGUUUGCCAUCACACCCGCAAUUUGAGCUGGUGAAGCGUCAGUGCACAGGCUGCCCGGGAAUGGUUUCCUUUUACAUUAAAGGGAAUGCUGAAACUGCCUCCACAUUUCUCAAAAGCUUGAAGCUUUUUACCUUGGCUGUAAGUCUGGGAGGAUAUGAAAGCCUGGCUGAGCAUCCGGCUAUCAUGACUCAUGCCUCAGUUCCCAAGGCAGAUAGAGAGGCCCUUGGGAUCACUGAUACAUUUAUUCGCAUGUCUGUUGGGUUAGAAGACUCUGAAGAUUUACUAGAAGAUUUGUCCCAAGCUUUGAAGGCAGCGAUCCCCGAUUACAAAAUCCGUAACUAAGAGACAACCUGCAAUUGAUUCCUGUGCAACUCUAAACAAACUGGAAGUUCA